GGUGCCAUACUCAGUUCCGAUCGCGAGCGUGUCAAGUUGAACUCUGCUUGGUUUCAAACUCAAAUCGUAUCGUAUCUUGAGCUUUCUUCAGGAGCCUGAUAUCUAUCCAAUGGCUAGGCCGGUAUAUCAGCCUGUCAUACCUGAACUUUGCUAGGCAUGCCAGUGUCCUCAAGUGCCCUGCCUGUUAACUUGACUCUGCUGAGUUGUGUCGUGUGGUUCUCAAGGUGUCUAGCCCGUCAACUUGAGGGGGCACUACAGUCUUCACCCAUUUGCCAAUCCACGAGGUCAUUGGACGUACGUAUGAUACUGAAUUCUCAGAGACGAUAUGCUUUCCGCGUUCUCGAAACAGCGGAUGCUUCGACAGGCGGAAGGAUCGCAAUAUUGCUAGUGCCCAUGGUAUGCCGGACCUCUGAGACGCAUCGCGUACGCCGAGCUUAGAUGGACGAAUCACAGAGCCCUUGAACGCAAGCAGAGCGGCCAACACCGUCGAAAAAUGAAACCGUGGCUAGCCGCCGCCUUUGUUCAAGGUGGAGCCCCUCAUUAUUCCUACCUUGGCCCGUG